CACAUAUAUUUUAAUCUUUUGUAGAAUUUAAAUCACCUAAACCACAUAUGGCUGUAUUGGUCUGUAUUUUGAUCGCUAUAGGGGAGAAAAAAAAAAAAAAAAAAGAUCAGAACCAUGGACAGUCGCCUCCUUCCCUCCCUUCUCGGUCUCUUCCGGGCGCGCACUCGGCAGCUGGCUGCGUUACAGCUCCUCCCUCCUAUGUGUGGCUUUUCUCAUCAAACAUCCUUGGACGUGAACAGUUUCACCGAAGAGCACUUUUCCCUCCGAAAUAACCGGACGGACAACCCAGGCUUCAGAUAUCCUUUAUCGACCUGAGAGAAAGGAGCUAAGGUUUUGGAUCAGGACUCCAGCGGUCCAUCAUCCCCCAAAAUCUGUGUCAGCGAUGGAGACUUGCACUGGCUUCUGGCCGGGCAUGCACUUGGCUCUGGGCGUGUGGCUCGUGAUAGCCGCUCACAGCUUCCAGAAUUCUCAGGCGGAGAUAAGUUGCGCAUGUUGUCGGUUCCCAGUUCAACUUCACGGAGGUCAAACGCGCGCUAAGCCAGCACCGACAGACGAAGUAAGCGCCAUUAAAAAGAUCCAAGUGGAGUUUAGGGAACUCGGGAUUAGUCGACAAAAUGCUGGAAAGGACAACGAGCAAGAGGAUGCGCCUCACUUGAAGAAAGGCUCACCAGGGUCCACUGCAGAAAGUCAUCGCGGCGGAAAGCUUGAUUUGGGUGAUGGCGCUGCGCUACCAAGAGCGAAGAGAAACAUCCCCGAGUUUGCCGAGUUGAGCCAGAGUGGGCCGACGGGCCAAGAUGACCGGAAUUCCGGGAGCUCGGUUGAACGGGGCUCCUCGCUGGACGGGCUCUGGUCUUCUGGACUGAGUAGAUCGGAAAUCAGAAAGAACAGGGACGACGGCAGAGGAAGUAAACAACAGGAUGAGCCCAAAAUCACAAGCAGCACUUUCGCCCUCACUGGGGAUUCUGCACAUAACCACGCUGUCGUCUACUGGUCAGGACAAAACAGCAGCGUAAUCCUGAUCCUAACCAAGCUGUAUGACUUUCAUAUUGGCAGUGUCACUGAGAGCACUCUUUGGAGAUCUUCUGACUCUGGCUCCACGUAUGAGAAAAUGAAUGACAAAAUUGGAUCCAAGACUGUUCUGACUUACCUUUAUGUCUGUCCAACCAACAAAAGAAAGAUUAUGGUGUUGACUGAUCCUGAGUUUGAGAGCAGUGUGCUAAUCAGCUCUGAUGAAGGAGCCAGCUACCAGAAGUACCGUCUCACUUUCUACAUCCUAAGCCUGUUAUUCCACCCUAGUGAGGAAGACUGGGCCUUAGCCUACAGUCACGAUCAAAAGCUGUACAGCUCGUUAGACUUUGGGAGAAAAUGGCAGCUUGUCCAUGAACACGUUACCCCUACUAGAUUCUAUUGGUCUGUGUCAGGGCUAGACAAGGAGUCAGACCUUGUCCACAUGGAGGCCCACACGCAUGAUGGAAGUGUCCAGUACAUCACGUGCAGAGUGCAGAUGUGCACAGAAGCCAACAGGAAUUACCCCUUUCCUGGAUCCAUUGACAUCAGUUCAUUGGUGGUUCAGGAUGACUACAUAUUCAUACAGGUGCCUACAUCUGGAAGAGCCACUUAUUAUGUUUCCUACAAAAGAGACCUCUUCAUCCAAAUUAAACUUCCUAAAUAUUCCUUACCAAAGGAUUUACACAUUGUCAGCACAGAUGAAAAGCAGGUAUUUGCGGCAGUGCAAGAGUGGAACCAAAAUGACACCUAUAACCUCUACCUGUCUGACACUAGAGGAAUCUACUUCACCUUGUCCAUGGAAAAUGUCAAGACCACUAAAGGCAUAGGAGGCAACCAGAUGCUGGAUUUGUAUGAGGUGUCAGGGAUUAGAGGCAUGUUGAUAGCAAAUAAACGGCAAGAAAACCAGGUAAAGACCUUCAUCAGUUACAACAAAGGCAGAGACUGGAGGCUCCUGCAAGCUCCGACGACUGACCUGGAUGGAAAUGAAAUUCACUGCAUUCUGCCUUUUUGUUCACUCCAUCUCCAACUACAAACGUCAGAGAACCCCUACUUGUCAGGAGCAAUCUCCACAAAGAACUCUGCACCAGGGAUCAUUCUUGCCACAGGGAAUAUUGGCGCUGAGUUGUCAUACAACAAUGUUGCCAUGUAUAUAUCAUCUGAUGCCGGAAAUAACUGGAGACAGAUUUUUGAAGAGGAGCAUAAUGUUUGGUUUCUGGACAAAGAAGGGGCGCUUGUUGCUGUUAAACAACCUUCUGUGCCAACCAGACACUUAUGGGUCAGCUUUGACGAAGGGAGGCAGUGGACCCAACACAGCUUUUCCUCUGUGCCUCUGUUUGUGGACGGCGUUUUGGUAGAAGCUGCGGCGGAUAACCAGAUUAUGACAUUUUUUGGACACUUCAGCCACCGCUCUGAAUGGCAGCUCAUCAAGAUAGACUAUAAGUCCAUCUUCAGCAAGAAAUGUACUGAGGAGGAUUACCAAACAUGGCACUUGCACAAUCAGGGUGAACCAUGUGUUAUGGGACAAAAACAGAUUUACAUGAAACGCAGGCCAGGAAACUACUGCAUGCUCGACAAAGACUACUCAAGAAUUCUCUCUGCUGAGUCCUGUAUUUGCCGAGCCCAUGAUUUUGAAUGUGACUAUGGAUAUGAGCGCAGUGGCAAUGGGAACUGCAGGCCCUCCUUUUGGUUUAAUCCCUCCUCAACCACCAAAAGCUGCAGUCUGGGUCAGAACUAUUUCAACAGCACAGGGUAUCGUAAAGUGGUGUUAAAUAACUGCACCAAGGGAGUAAAAGAAAUGUAUACAGCUCAAAAGCAACAAUGCCCCAAGAAACCUCCAAAGGGACUUUUGCUGACCACCAAAGAUGGUAAACUAGCUGCCAACCUGGGCACUAAUGUUACUUUCCUGGUUCAUCUGGAUGAGGGUGAUUCAAUACGGACUAACAUCCAACUAGAUUUUGGCGAUGGCAUAGCCUUAUCCUAUUCGAACCUCAGCUGGGCUGAAGAGGGCAUCAAACAUGUCUACAAGUCUGCAGGGAUAUUUUGUGUCACAGCUCUGGCAGAAAACUCCCUGGGUUAUGACACAACAACACUCUAUCUGCAUGUCACGUGUCCUGUGGAGCAUGUCCAGCUUCUUUCUCCCUUUGUUGUCAUAAGAAAUAAGGAAGUUAACAUCUCAGCAGUUGUCCUACCCAGUCAUCCACGCACAGUCACCUACUUUUGGUGGCUUGGCAACACCACUGAGCCAACAGUCACCUUGGAUGGGAGUAUCUCAUACACCUUUCCCAGUGAGGGAAUGUAUUCUCUCACAGUUCAAGUAGCUGCAGCCAACAUCAUAUUUCAAGAUUCCAAAACCAUAGCAGUUAGAGAAUUCUUCAAAUCCCUACUUUUAUCAUUCUCCCCAAAUCUGGAUGAGUUCAACCCUGAUUUAUCCGAGUGGAGGCAGGAUUUGGGGAGAGUAAUUAAGAAGGCCGUUCUCCAAGUGGCUAAGUUCCCAGAAGAACAGCUUUUGGUAGCUGUGUUUCCUGGAGUUCCAACUGCCGCUGAGCUAUUCCUGUUACCGCACAAGAACCAGUCACAUGACAAGAAAAAGAGUGAGGAGGAGCUAGAACAAGUUUCAAACAUAAUUGUCAGUGCACUGAACCAGAAUCUGGUGGAGUUCGAGCUGAAGCCUGGCGUAAGAGUGAUUGUAUAUAACACACAGCUAACACUUGCACCCUUGGUGGACUCCAACCCUCGACAUAGGAGCUCUGCUAUGCUGAUGCUCCUAUCAGUGGUUUUUCUUGGCCUUGCAGUGUUUCUCAUCUACAAAUUCAAGAGAAAAAUACCCUGGAUAAGCAUAUACGCAGAGGUGAACCAGGAGAAAGAGCAAGAGAUGAUUAGCUCGGUGGGCCAAGGUGACAACACGACAAAAAUAACACUAAAUGAGUUUUCCUCUUCAAAAGAACUCAUGGAGAAAGAACUGGAUGCAAGGGUCAAAAGGGGAGUCGCAAAUGCCCAUGAGAGCACAAGGGAGAUUCCAAACUGCACUAGUGUGUAGAGCUUGUACUGUAUAGCAACCUAGUGUCAAAGGGGUCUCUCUUUCAGUUUUGUAAUUCUCAACACAACUGCUGUUAAUAGUUUUCUAAGAGACCUCAUUUUUACAGCGGUGCAUGGAAGUCUUGAUCAAUAACAGCCAUGCAGCAAAUCAAUGCAUUCAAUGAGAUUAUUGUAUUGUCCACAGACAAAACAUCAAACAGUUUUGUGGGUGUAUCAGCUAUGUAACACAGUACAUUUGUAAAGCUGACAAAAUACUUUGCUUCAGACAUAAUUUCUGCUAAUGUAUAACCACAAUGUCAAAGUACUUAAUUAAACGGAAUAUUACUAACACAUAAACUACUAUAGCCUGUGUUGUAGAUAAUUCAUUACUAUAAAAAGUUGUUUUUCUGUCAGUUAUCCCAAAAUCCACAUUUACGUAUUUUAAAACAGUUGUACUCUUCUUGAAAUAUCUUGAAAUAAAUGUAUAUUUGUUUCUACAUAUUACACAUUUACAUACCCUAAAUCUUUUGAAAAUUAAAUGUACAUUUUCAAAAUUACCAUUUUUUUUUAUUGUUAAUACUUUCAUAUUGUGUAUGAAAUGUAAACUGUGAUAAAGUCUUCUGCAUUAAUG